AUGUUGUUCCCUGAGAACCAGAGUUCCACAGCCAACUACCCCAAUGUGCCAAGCUCUCUUCAUGCCCACUCCGUCGAACUGUCAGAGACACAAAAAGCGGCCAGCUCGCCAAGCCGCACAACGAAAUCUACAACACCGUAUUUGGGCCUCAGCUCUCGGCUCUCCCAAAUAUGGCUUAAUCGUUGGACAAUUCUUUUGCUCUUGGUUCUGGUCCGGAUCAUUCUCCUACUUGCUCAACUGACUGACAAUGUCGAAGAUGCAAAGGCCAAGGCCCUGGCUGCCUGUACCAAGGUAGAAGAUGUAGGAAGCGCGAUGGCAUCCAUGCCUCAUUACUUCUCCGCCGGUGUCAAUCGCCUUGCUGCGUCCAGCAUUGAAAAGGCCGUGCAUGCCAUGGUCAAGGUGCUGGAUUUGAUAAUACAAGGUGUCGAGGCAAUCAUAGUAUGGUACAUCAACUUUCUUACUGCAACUUAUGUCUGUCUCAUCACGGCUCUGGUUCAUGCUAGCUUGGAAGUUGUCGCGUCUGUGACCAAAGACGCCACAGCAGCUUUCAACAAGGUUAUCGACGGAGCCACAGGCGAGAUUCAAGAAAUAGCCGGCGGAUUACAGAAAGCAGUUGGCAAGAUAAAGGAUGGAAUUCAAAAUUCCAUUUUCAGCAAGUUCAACAUCAAUCUACCCUCCAUUGAUUUCACCAAACCAGUCGAGAAGUUGAAGGGGUUCCAUCUCGACUCAACACAAUUCGUCACAGAUGUGCAGAAACUGAAUAAGGACCUGCCAGAUUUCGAGGGAGUACAGAAUCUGACCAAACGGGCAAUCUCCAUACCAUUCAACUUUGUCCGAGAAGCACUGAACAAGAGCCUUAGCAAUUACAAGUUCAAUGAGACCAUAUUCCCCUUGGCGAAGAAAGAGCAACUUAAAUUCUGCUCCAACAACGACAAACUGAACGGCUUUUUCGACAAGUUAUUUGAACUUAUUCAUAAAGCCAGAGUCUUGUUCGUCAUUGUAUUAUCCUCGCUUGCUGUCGCGGCCAUGGCACCCAUGGCUUGGAUGGAGAUCCGGCGGUGGCGGCGACAAGAAAAGGCAGCCAGACUCAUAGAAAAGAAUAGGCUGAAUGAUGAGUGGGAUGCCAUGGAUGUUUCCUACAUAGCAUCAAGACCAACUACGGCUCUCCUUGGCAUCAAAAUGACGUCUAAAAUGAGCCGCAGGCGCAGGGUUCUCACCAGAUGGUGUCUUGCGUACGCUACGUCCGGACCAGCAAUCUUUGUCCUGUCGCUUGCUAUUGCUGGACUCUUCUCAUGCGCCUGUCAAUUUCUCAUCCUGAAAGCAGUUCAGAAGGAGGUCCCAGAGCUGACAAAGGAAAUUGGAGAAUUUGCAGAUGAGGUCGUGGCAAAGAUUAACAACAUCUCAGCAAAUUGGGCGAAUGAUGCGAACGGAGUUGUCAAAGGGCUCAAUGAUGACAUAAACAACGACGUUCUGAAAUACGUGACGAAUGCCACCGGCGCUGUCAAUAACACGAUAAAUGUCUUUCUUGGUGGUUUGAAUAAGGGCCUCGAGACGGUCUUCAAUGGAACAAUUCUUCUCAAACCUAUUCAAUCGGUCCUGCAUUGUGUUAUUGGUAUCAAGAUUGAGGCCGUGCAAAAGGGAUUGACCUGGGUCCACGAUCAUGCUCGCGUUGACUUCCCAUUAUUUGACAACAACACGUUCAGCCUUGGUGCUCAGAAGAGCCUGGGUGGAGACUCGGGCCUUCAAAGUUUCCUUGCCUCGCCGUCCUCGGUAACCACCAAUGAGGUGUCAGGGGCUGUUAACAGGGUCACAAACUGGCUCUUGAAAGGCAUAACCAAGGAGGCUUUGAUAUCCGCCGGUAUCCUCCUUGUUUAUAUCAUAGUCGUGUUGAUCGGACUGAUCCGAGCUCUGGCUGGUAUGGUCUUUGGUGGCCGAGAUUCCGAAUCCGAUGACUUCCGGCACGCUGGGAAAGAUAAUGACGAAUAUGAACCGCAUACAGGUUUCUCGGGCUCAUCUGGAUGCUACAAUGGUCGUGGCGAGAAAAUGGAAGAUGCACAUGGUGGGCAUUCCGAUGCGUACCAGCAACAACACUCAUUCAACAACUAUGACUCAAAGCAUCGUUACUGA